AUGGAACCGUACGCUGCACCUGGAACGAUUCGGUUAUACAGUAUGCGAUUUUGUCCGUAUGCUGAGAGGGCGAUUAUUUAUGUGGCAAAGAAAGGACUUCCGUAA